GUUAUACCUCAGCUGCAGCGUCAUGUCUAGCACAAAUUUCAUUGAUUUUGUGAACACCAACACCACGUGCGGUAUGGACGCGUGCUUCACCGCCUUUGACAAGAACUGUGAUAAUAAAUUAGAUUUAGAAGAAUUUGGAGUACUCUGUCAAGCCUUAUUCAGAAACAAUAAAGGAGAAACGUACGAACUAAAAAAUGAAGAAUUACGAGAUAUAUUCACGAUUUUCGAUGCAAAUAACGACCAGUACAUUGACAGACAGGAGUUUACCUACUGUUGGCAUAACUGGAUUAAAGUCAUUGUGCGACCCAUCUCAGCAAUCCUAGUAAUUGACGUCCAAAAUGAUUUCAUCUGUGGCACUUUAGAUAUCCGAAACUGUCCAGCUAAGCAGAAUCCCGAAGAAAUUAUUCCACCAAUCAAUAGUCUUCUGGAUACCAUAGAAUUUGAUGCCAUAUUUUAUUCGUACGACUGGCAUCCUAGUGAUCAUGUGUCUUUCAUCGACAAUAUAAAUUUAAGAAAGUUACACGAAAGUAGUCCUAUUACCGAUCCCGAGAAAGUGCAAAUGUAUGAUACGGUAAUAUUCGAGGGUGAUCCUCCAAUGACCCAAAGACUAUGGCCAAGACAUUGUGUGCAGAAUACUUGGGGUAGUGAGCUACACAAAGACCUGAAGGUUGCUGAAAAUGCAACAAAGAUAUACAAAGGAACCAAUCCGGAAGUGGACUCUUAUUCAGCGUUCUGGGAUAAUUCUAAACUCACAGAUACAAAAUUAGCGGCACAACUCAAAAUCAGAAACAUAACCGAUGUAUACGUUUGCGGCGUGGCAUAUGAUGUAUGUGUAGGUGCGACUGCAAUAGACGCCAUAUGUAGCGGCUUCCGAACAAUAUUAUUAGACGACUGUUGUCGAGGAGUAGACCUUUUGGAUAUCGAAAAAACCAAAAAUACGAUGAUGAAGAACCACGGCGUCGUAGUUAGUUCAGACAGAGUAAGAAACAUGGUUGAAGGUAACGAUAGACGACCAGAGUUAGGUUAUAAAUUAGCGCUAAAUUUAAGAGAACAAAAGAAAGAAAGUCAGUCAUCUUAAUCUUGUUUAUGUUUGAAGUGUAUGUGCUAGUGUACUUAAUGUAUAUUGCGUAUUAUUUUAGUUAGGCAUUAUUGAAUAGACUAGCUUAUGUUUUUGUAAAAUUAAUAGAAUAAGAAUUAAGAAAUAGAUUGCAAAUUUUUUAUAGUUUGGAAUGUAAUACUUUUAUAGUACUUAAUAAAUACAUUGUAAACGAUUGUUAAACUACAUAAAUAUAUUAAACUCAACUUAUAAAUUAUACAUUGAAG